AUGAAGUUUUCCCACAUUCUCACGGCCUUUUUGGCCACACUGGCCAUCGCCAGCCCUAUCCCCGAGCCCGAGUCGACUGAUGUUGCUGUUGCCGAGUUGGACGUCCGCGCCUCUGGCGGUGGAAAAGGAGGAGGUCAUAGUGGAGGUCACGGUGGAAACGGUGGCAAGGGAGACCCUGAGCCGAAAAUCGUCGAGACCACCGCGUACCAGGUUGCCAAGAAGGCCAUGCCGUUCUAUGAAUCGUUAUCCAAAGACCAUUAUUACUAUUUCACGAUGGAGUGGAAACGCGGGCGUCCCGCCGAUGCCGAGACGACCGAGGAGCUGGAGGAGGUUCGCGAUGAACUUGGCUUUAACCACAUCGGCCUUGUCGUCGGUAAAGUCACCGAGACAACAACGGGGAAGAAGGCGAACAAGGUAACCAAAAAAGAUUUCGUGGCCAUGGUGCACGACAUGCAGAAGCAGAACAAGGACCCGGGUACUACCACGUAUCUCUUUUCAAAGUACAUGCCCAAAUCUACAUCGUCUAGCUCGACAAAGUUGGUCCACGGGGGGAAGACUACUCUCUCAAAGGCCAACGCUGUGGGGAAACACGCAAGGGCUUAUACAAGCGCAAACCCCAUUUACGCCGCCCAUGGCAAUAACUGCAACGACUUUGUCCAAAAUCUCAUAUCAACCCUGUAA